AUGUUGCUGCAUGUGGUUCUAACUCAGCUGCUGCUGUUGCUGCUGGUGCUUCUGCUGGUCGGUGACUUGAGCGACGCGUUAACUGUGAAUGAGGCACUGCAACGUAGCUACCAGGAGCAGCAUUACGAUACGGUAUUGUUGAUGAGACACAACAGACAGCAGCAGUGCAGCCAAAUGGAGGAAGUGGCAGCUGACACAAUUUGGCCAGUAAUACGCCUUAGCAACCAGGCGAACUUUUAUCUAAAGCGUAGCCAAAGCACUGAAAUGCUUGCGAUAACUUGCUUGACUGGCAAUUCGGAGAUGGACAUGGAAAUAUGGCAGGCAUUGGCAAAAAAUCUGUAUAACAUGCGUCAUGUGCGACUGCUGCUUUUACUGCAGGAGGCAACUGCCGUCAGGACAGAUCCUUUGGACCAGCUGCUUAAGUCAUUGGCAAACAUCACGUUUCAUCUACACUUUCCUCAUGUGGUGCUACUGCUACCCGAGGGAAACGCCUACCAACUGCACCCUUAUGAGGAGCAGCUCUGGCUGGAACUCCAGCUGAAUAGCAGCGCACCGAUCUUCGCUAGACAAUACAACUUCCAUCGCUAUCUGGCUAAAGUGCUGCCCGAUCAGACGCCACCUGGUUCGUUGGCUUAUAAGGAUCGACGAACGGGUAAGCUGCGAAUAACGGGCUAUCUGGCCAAAACGAUACUGGCAUUUGCAUGGGCACACAACAUCACGCUGCAGUGGGCACGUCCGUUGGUCAUUGGGGAUCAGCUAUCUCUAAUAGUUCUACGCAAUCUGACACUCAAUGGAACUAUAAACUUCGCCAUGUCACUGUGCGGCUUUGAGCUGCCCAAUGAAUCUGGUUACUACACGUAUCCCAUCGAACUGCCCGCGUGGUUUGUAGUAUUGCCCUGUGCACGUGAGAUAGCCACUGCUGAAGUUUACCUAAGGAUCUCCAAUAUCAACAUUGGGUUAGUACUUUUGGGAACCUACUGUAUCUUUGUGCUAUUGGACACAUGCUUUGGAUGGUUGCUGAUGAAGGAGAAAGUGGAUUGGACGAAUUUUGUACUCAAUGAGCGCAUUUUUUCUGGCAUUAUUGGACAGUCGUUCAAGUUAAACGCCCACUCCACGAACAGUGCCCGAUUGGCUCAAGCCCAACUGUUUCUAUUUGGAUUGAUUGUGAGCACUCUGUUUUCAGCACAUUUAAAGACGCUGUUGACCAAGCGACCCAGGGAUCAUUUGAUCAGUAACCUCAUGGAGUUGCGUGACUCUAAACUCAAUAUUUAUUUCUCUGAAGGUGAAGAUUUCUAUUUAAGAAAUGUAUCACAUAAUCAUCCGAUUAAUACCAUUAAAUCAAAGAUCAAAUAUCUCGAGGUCAAGGAAUUUCAGAAACAGCGAAAGAGUUUCAACAAAUCGAACGCAUUUUCCAUGACUACAUCAAUAUGGUUGUUUAUCAAAUCGCAACAGGAGGUUUUCCAACAGCCUGCUCUUUGCUUUCAGCCUGGCCUAGUCUUUCGCAAACCACUCAUCAUAUCCCUGGCACUGCAGGCAAACUCAAUUUUUGCAGAGCCAAUGAAUACAUUUAUUCAUCGUAUGCACGAUGCGGGACUGGCGAUGCAGUGGAAGCAGCAAUCCUUGAGAGAUUUCAUCGCUUUGGGCGAAACUAGUCUCAACGAUCCAUAUCUGUAUGUGCCCUUUCAUGACUUCAAGGUGGUCGAUUUGUUUUGGGGGCAGACCUAUCAUCCCACCGAGCACCGAUGA